CGCGGCGGCGGCGGAUCCGGCGCGCGGCGGCCAAGGGCCCGUCAAGGAGUGCGAAAAGGACCAGUUCCGGUGUCGGAACGAGCGCUGCAUCCCCUUGGUGUGGAGAUGCGACGAAGACGACGACUGCUCGGACAACAGCGACGAGGACGACUGUCCCAAGAAGACGUGUGUGGACAGCGACUUCACCUGCGACAACGGCCAUUGCAUCCCCGAGCGGUGGAAGUGUGAUGGCGAGGAGGAGUGUCCCGAUGGCUCUGAUGAGUCGGAGACCACGUGCACCAGGCAAGUGUGUCCUGCAGAGAAGCUGAGCUGUGGACCUGCCAGCCACAAGUGUGUGCCUGCCUCGUGGCGCUGCGACGGAGAGAAGGACUGUGAGGGUGGCGCGGAUGAGGCCGGCUGUGCUACCUUGUGUGCCCCGCACGAGUUCCAGUGCAGCAACCGCUCGUGCCUGGCCUCUGUGUUCGUGUGCGACGGUGACGACGACUGCGGGGAUGGCAGCGACGAGCGCGGCUGUGCAGACCCAGCCUGCGGGCCCCGGGAGUUCCGCUGUGGCGGUGGUGGCUGCAUCCCUGAGCGCUGGGUCUGCGACCGCCAGUUCGACUGCGAGGACCGCUCGGACGAGGUGGCCGAACUCUGCGGCCGAGCAGGCCAGGGGACCACAUCGGCGCCCGCAGCCUGCGCCCCCAGCACCCAGUUCACCUGCCGCAGCGGCGAGUGCAUACACCUGGGCUGGCGCUGCGACGGCGACCGCGACUGCAAGGACAAGUCGGACGAGGCCGACUGCCCAGUGCUGGGCACCUGCCAUGGAGACGAGUUCCAGUGUGGGGAUGGGACUUGUGUCCUGGCGCUCAAACGCUGUAACCGGGAACAAGACUGUCCAGAUGGGAGCGAUGAAGCUGGCUGCCUGCAAGAGUCCACUUGUGAGGGUCCCCGCAGAUUUCAGUGUAAGAGUGGCGAGUGCGUGGACGGCGGGAAAGUGUGUGAUGCUCAGAAGGACUGCCAGGACUGGUCGGAUGAGCUGCUGAAAGAGUGUGCUGCACCAUCAUUCCAGGGGAAGAGAAGGAGGCCCAGGGGACUGAACGAGUGUCAGCACAACAAUGGUGGCUGUUCCCACAUCUGCACUGAUCUCAAGAUUGGCUUCGAGUGCUCCUGCCCGGCCGGCCUCCGUCUUCUAGACCAGAAGACCUGUGGCGACAUAGACGAGUGUGAGGACCCAGAUGCCUGCAGCCAGAUCUGUGUGAAUUACAAGGGAUACUUUAAGUGCGAGUGCCACCCUGGCUAUGAGAUGGAUACACUGACCAAGAACUGCAAGGCUGUGGCUGGCAAGAGCCCGUCCCUAAUCUUUACCAACCGGCAUGAGGUGCAGCGGAUAGACCUGGUGAAGCGGAAUUACUCACGCCUCAUCCCCAUGCUCAAGAAUGUUGUGGCACUAGAUGUGGAGGUUGCCACCAAUCGCAUCUACUGGUGUGACCUCUCCUACCGCAAGAUCUAUAGUGCCAACAUGGACAAGGCCAGCAACCCAGCAGACCAGGAGGUCCUCAUUGGUGAGCAGCUGCACUCUCCAGAGGGCCUAGCAGUGGACUGGGUUCACAAGCAUAUCUACUGGACAGACUCGGGUAAUAAGACCAUCUCAGUGGCCACACUUGAUGGUCGCCGCCGCUGCACUCUCUUCAGCCGUGACCUCAGUGAACCCCGGGCUAUUGCUGUUGACCCCCUGCGAGGGUUCAUGUAUUGGUCUGACUGGGGGUUCCAGGCCAAGAUCGAGAAGUCUGGGCUCAACGGUAUGGACCGGCAAACACUGGUGUCAGACAAUAUUGAAUGGCCCAACGGAAUCGCCCUGGAUUUGCUGAACCAGCGCUUGUACUGGGUGGACUCGAAGCUGCAUGAGCUGUGCAGCAUUGACUUCAGUGGAGGCAACAGAAAGACGCUGAUUUCCUCUGCUGAUUUCCUGAGCCACCCUUUUGGGAUAGCUGUGUUUGAGGACAAGGUGUUCUGGACAGACCUGGAGAAUGAGGCCAUUUUCAGUGCAAAUCGGCUUAAUGGCCUAGAAAUCUCCAUCCUAGCGGAGAACCUCAAUAACCCACAUGACAUUGUCAUCUUCCAUGAGCUGAAGCAGCCAAGAGCUGAAGAUGCGUGCCAGCUGAAUGCCCAGCCCAAUGGAGGCUGUGAGUACCUGUGCCUUCCUGCUCCUCAGAUAUCCAGCUACUCUCCCAAGUACACGUGUGCCUGUCCUGACACCAUGUGGCUGGGCCCAGACAUGAAGAGGUGCUACAGAGCACCCCAAUCUACCUCAACUACGACGUUGGCUCCUACUACGACAAGGACAGUAGCUGCCUCCACAAGAGCCCCUGGAACCACCAUCCACAGCUCCACCUACCAGAACCACACCACAGAGACACCAAGCCUGACAGCGGGGGUCCCAAGCUCAGUUAGUGUCCCCAGGGCUCCCAGCAUCAGCCCGUCUACCCUGAGCCCUGCAACCAGCAACCAUUCCCAGCACUAUGGCAAUGAAGGUGGCAAGGUGGGCUCAACUGUCACCGCUGCUGUCAUUGGGAUCAUUGUGCCCAUAGCGGUAAUAGCCCUGCUGUGCUUGAGCGGCUACCUGAUCUGGAGAAACUGGAAGCGGAAGAACACAAAGAGCAUGAAUUUUGACAACCCAGUCUAUAGGAAAACAACAGAAGAAGAAGAUGAAGAUGAGCUCCAUAUAGGGAGGACUGCUCAGAUUGGCCAUGUCUACCCGGCAGCAAUCAGAAGCUUUGAUCGCCCACUGUGGGCAGAGCCUUGUCUUGGGGAGACCAGAGCACUGGAAGACCCAGCCCCUGCCCUCAAGGAGCUUUUUGUCUUGCCGGGAGAACCAAGGUCACAGCUGCACCAACUCCCGAAGAACCCUCUUUCCGAGCUGCCUGUCGUCAAGUGCAAGCGAGUGGCAUUAAGCCUUGAAGAUGAUGGCCUGCCCUGAAGAUGGGACCACCCCCUUCGUGCCUCCUGGAGUUCAGUCCCAUGCACUACUCUCUCUGGAUGAUGAAUGGCUGGAUGGAUGGGUUUCUGAAUAUGGGUCUGUGUGAGUGAGUAUGUAUGUGUGUGUAACUUUUUAAAAAUUUAUGUUGCGGAAAGGUAACCACAAAGUUAUGACGAACUGCAAACAUCCAAAGGAUGUGAGAGUUUUUAUAUGUAUAAUGUUUUAUACACUUUUUAACGGUUGCACUACCCAUGAGGAAUUCAUGGAACGGCUACUGCUGAGUGACUAACACAAUGUACAUAACCAAACGGGGGCCAAUGGUACAGUACCGUACUCAUCCUUUAAAUACUAUAUUUACAGAGGAUGUUUGAUUUGGGGGGACUUUUUUUUAGGUUUGGGGGUUUUGUUUCUGUAAAUAAAAUGAUUAUGCUUUGUGGCUAUCCAUCAACAUAAGUUAAAAAAAAAAAAAAAACACUUCAACUCCCUCCCCCAUUUAGAUUAUUUAU